CAGACGAGGAAGUAUAGGAUUCAUAUUUAAAGUAUUCCACAGCUAAAAUUUGUUAACCGUAAACGAUGCAGCAUUUUUUAAAUUGACUGUCAAUAGAAAGAUUGCCAUGAUAAGAGCUGUGGAAGUAAUAGUCUGUUUUAAUUUGUUUGUAUAUGUUAAUGCUCAAUCGAUUUGUGGCCAUUAUUACUCCGUAGAAUCAAGGUAUAAAUAUAAGUGUGGAUUGUGGAAUGCUUUUAGAUGUACCGGUACGAGAUAUCACCAGCAGUACGACGAAUAUUGUUGUUCAGGAUAUGAACACUAUAGUAAUUGCUAUCCUGUAUGCAAUGGGAAGACGAUAUUAAAUGAUGCAUGUAACGAACCAUAUACAUCAGAUAGAAUAAUAUACAGAGGCGGUGGUUCAAGGAAUAGUGGAGGUGGUACAUGUUCAUCACCAAAUUACUGUACUAAUUGUCAAGAUGGAUUUUAUCAAUAUGGUGGAAAGUGCUUAAUUUGUCCACCGAUAGACAGUUGUAAUCACAGAAAAUGUUCGACGUCUAGCGACAAUUACUGUUCGUACUGUCAGUAUGAAAUUGUAGACAAACUGUACUGGAGGGCGUAUACAAGGCAUUAUGACGGACAGAUGAAGCAGUGUAAAAAGGCAUGUUCCUGGCGAUCUGACAGUACGAGAUGUUUCCCAGGACAGUGUACAAAUGAAAUAGUAGAAACAUGUUCUUGUACAUCUGGUUUUGGAGGAAGUCAGUGCGACACAAUAACCGAAAAAACAACGAUUCUUUAUGCGGAAAUAAAACUUCACAACCCGUCACACGAAACUAUCACAACACCAUUGGAUCCUAGUGACACGGGACCACAACCCGUUAGAUUUACAAACAAGAACAACCUUAAUGCCGCGGAAAUUGAAUUUCGCGGAAAGUUUUUAGCUUCCGGAACACCACCUCCACACGACACAACUGGCGAUACUCACUUUGUGACAGAUUUUGACUAUGGUAUUGUAUAUGGACAAAUGAAACUAGAAUAUAUAAUAGGCUCGACUACCAGUACCAACACAUUCAGCUGUCCUGCAACGGAAGAUAACCCAAUUAAAAAAAAUUACAUAUGUUCAAGAACAAACACCAACGGCAGUGCUGUAUCACUUCCGACAUUCGGUCACAGUGAUAAAUUAGUAUUUACAAUCGAUGCUAGAAACGGUGGUUUCCUGAAGUAUAUUAACAGAGAGACAUCAUCGACAAUUAAAUCGUAUCUUUCAGGGCAGACUACAACUAAAAGUUACACAGUACAAUGGGAUUAUGUAGUCCCAUAUUAUUCUUGUUUUCAGUUACAUGGAACCGGUUGUACUGUAUCACCAAUAGAUAUACAAGAUGUAACUGAUCAGAACAUUGUUACGUUUUCUUGGAAACAGUGGAAUGAUGAUUUGGCAGGAUUAGAUGGAUACGAGUAUGAAGUUUUUCAUUUACAACCUUAUGGUGACGUUCUUAUGGAAGGAGACAAAUUAACUUCGUCCAACAGAACUUUGCCAUCUGUAUCAGAGAGUGACUUAAAUGUGACCACACCAGGAAUGUAUUCCAUUAUUCUGACUGCUUUUGAUAAAGCCGGGAACUAUAAAUCUACCAGAUCUUUAUUUUUCUUUGACGACAAUUCAUUUGUUGAAAUAACAUCUGGUACCAGAAUGAUAGUCACCGAAAGUACUUUGGAAACAGAUUAUGAAUGGGUAACUACGGAAUCCAGUUUACUACAUGUCACGUGGCCUGGACGAUUUAUAAAUGAAAGACAUGAUAUUUAUAAAUGGCUGCAUAAAAUAGAAAGCAAUAGUCAUGUUGAUAAUACUUAUGAUGAUAAAUUUGGAAGACGAACUGUAGACUGGUUCACAAAUAUCAAAGGUGUCGUCAAAUUUGACAUCAACUUUACAGUGACUGGACCCGAUGUUAAAUCGUUCCAAGGUUAUACAGAUGUACCAGACAUCCUACAGGAAUCGGAGAUUUUGUACGUCACAUGGGAAGAUGGGCAAAAAAUGGACAUUAGCGUAAAAGCUACUGACAUUAUUGGGGAAUAUACAGAAGAUACAAUAACAAUUUAUAAAGACAUUUCCAAUCCGGAAAUAGAAAACCUUUGGUUAUCCUAUGGCAACAAAACAGAAUUAUUUGUUCAUCGGUUAGAAGACUUAUCAACAAUGACGUUUGAAUGGGAUACAUAUGAUUAUCAUAGUGGUAUAUACAGUGUACACUGGAAGAUAUAUGAUAAUUACACGGGAUCUGACGUACUCCAUGGAAGUUCGCAUGUAACGGCACAAGGAGAUGCUUCCAAUAUGACUUCUUGUGAAGACAAAUAUCAGAACUCUCCUCGUGGACCCGAUUGUUAUUGUACCAUAUAUCAUGGAUGUUACCACCGACAUUUUCAUGUUAAGCCGGAAAUAGUAAACGGAGCUGGUUUAACUCCCGGGAAAGAUAAGGGUGUUCAUGACUCUGACUAUUUCAUAGAAAUUACAGUUGUCAAUAAAGCCAUGCUUACAUCAGUUCUAACGAAAAAGAUAACUAUUGACAUAAGCCCACCACAAACAGGGACAGUUCAUGAUGGAUUGCAAGGUAGUCCGGAAGUUGAUUAUCAACAGGAAUUAUACCUGAACUUCUAUUGGGAUGGGUUCUUUGAUCCAGAGAGUGGAGUCAAAUAUUACAAAUAUAUCGUAUCUGAUCAUUGUUGGUCAAAAGAAGUCUUAUUUGCCAGCAAUGAGGGGAUAGAGACAUAUAAAACAAUUACAAAUUACAUCGCCAGAAAAGAGGGAAAAUAUUAUAUGACAGUUAUAGCCAUCAACAGUGCGAAUGAAGCAUCAGAUUCUAUUUGUUCUGAUGGUGUUACAAUAAUGACAGACAAACCAGGUGCCACAAAUUUUGUUUUAGAUGGGGCUAGUAUAGGUCCUUUACUUGUCAAAGACACCAGCAAUACACUGUGGAUUAUUGGAAAACAUCUUUCCAGGAUUGUUGUGAAUGAUACUUCUCUUUGCAGCCACAUCACUUCACUAACUGAGGAUGUUCAAUUGUUACCAGAAGCAGAUGAGAUAGAUAUAGAUUGUUCAAACUUACCGUCAGUAUCUUCAACGUUUAUAUCAGUUCUACCAAGAACAUCACAGUUAAGCAUGAAAUGGGAUUCAAAUAUGGACGAUAUAUUUGUUCACGACUACCAUAUAGGACUAUCAUCUACAAAAAACAAUCCUGCUCCAGAUAUUUUACCGUUCCGCUCAACCAAACACCACAAACAUUUCAGACUUAAUUAUCCGGACCUUUCUGAAGGGAUAUUGUUUUACAUCAUCAUAAAAUCUACCAGUAAAGCCAAUGUUGAUGGUAUUCAGAGUUAUGGUCCUGUUGUAAUAGACGUUACAGCUCCAGUUUUUACUGGUUCACACAUUGAUAUGGAGUUCAAAGAGGGAACACUUAUUGCUAAUUGGUCCAGGGCAGCAUUUACGGAUGAAGAGGAUCCUCAUCCUCUUAAAUAUCAGUUUGCAUUAGGUCAUGCUGCAGGUGGAACAGAUGUUAUUUCUUAUCGUCCACUACAGUACAAUACCAAAUGUAUUAAGACAGAACCACCUCAUUGCACAGCUAUUGACACAUCGUCACUGGACUGGUCAUUACACGGACAUCAUAAUUACUAUGUCACCGUUAAAGUUACAAAUCUUGCUGAGUUGUCCACUACACAGACAUCAGUGGUUUAUACACACGACAUACAGUUACCGUCUGCUGGGAUAGUGUAUGACAUAAAUCCAUACAAUGUCAAUGAUAGUUCUUUAAAGGACAUUAUUGACAUUGAUUUUUCUGUGAAGUCUGAUUCUCUUGCUGCAGAAUGGAAAGGAUUUUACCAUCCCCACUUAUCUUUACAUUAUAAAGUAUGUGUUGGAAUGGUGAAAGGAAACUGUGAUGUUGCUACAAAAAACAACAUUGACAGUUCGACGCAUCAACAUGUAUUUAAAAACUUACUGCUAACAAACUUUGAGAAAUACUACGUAACCGUCGAAGCUGUUACCAACUCUGGUUCUAUCAAGAAAUCAUCAGACGGAAUUACCAUUAUCAACAAUGCUACAGAACUAUCGGGAGUAAUCAUUAAUGAUGGGUCUCUAUGCGCAGACCCAGUUGUCUUAAAUGGGAGUCAUCAUAUACGGGAUAUUAUUUAUAGAUGCAAAACCGAUAUAGAUUACCAAACCUCGACUACAACUCUUUCAGCUAAGUGGGAAAUUCUGGACGACAAACUAAAACAAAUUGUUAGAAGUGCAUAUUGGAGCGUUGAACAACGAUCUCCAGUUGGAGAUAUGUGGCUACAGUACAGCGACUUCAGUUAUAUAGGAAGCCAAAGUCAUGUGAUAGUGAAUGAGUUAGAUCUACAGCCUGGUUUGACAUACAAAUUUACGGUAAAACUGUGUGCUGACGAUGUAUGUUUCCAAGCGAUCAGUAGCAAUGGUGUAACAAUUAUACCGAGUUACCCUGUAACUGGUUCUAUUGAUGUGAAAAUAGAAAUUCAAAAGCUCAUAGUGACCAUUACAGCUAUGUAUGACCCAGAUAUAGAAGACAGAUCGGAAGCAAUAGAUGCAAUGGAAAUAUAUGAAUGGGCUAUAUAUGAUGGUUCAUAUGGAGGCGGAUUGUUUGAAAAGUGGACUGAAAUAAACACCAUUAAGAAAAUAAACAACACUCAUGUUGAAUUUGAUAUAACUCUGUCCGGCGAAAUAGAUUUUGCGAAGUGCAAGCGUUUAUAUAUCAGAGGAGCUAACAAAGCUGGAGUUUGGUCUGUUGUGUCAACCGAUUUAAAACAGUGUCAUGUAGUUGACAGCCAUAGUCAGAUAAAAGCGAGAAAAGUAAUCGACGCACUUGGCGAAGCAGAUGGUUAUGAAGAUGGUAUCGGCGGUGAUGUAUUUCUUGAAGAAAAUGCAGCUUGGAUACCAACGGAUGUAGACUAUACGCCUUUCAAGAAUGUUCUAUCUGCUGUAUGGCCUUCACUUAGACAUAAAUCAUAUCAGUGGGGAGUUGUUGAAGUAAACAGUAACAAUGCACAGACGUUCUAUAAAGAAUUCACAGAUGUUGUGAUUUCCGAUCCGUGCUCUCAUCCGAAUACAGUGCUAUGUGGACAAACAGACCAAAACUACGCAAAUAUACAUUUUAAUGAAACUGAAUAUCUAACACAUGGAAAACGGUAUUCAGUAUGCGUUUAUGCACCCGAAACUGUGAUUGAACAUGAAAAAUGGAGAGAAACAUUGGACACGGUAACAUCAUGUAGUGAUGGUGUAACGGUUGACUUAACACCACCUGUACACGGGAAAGUGUGGAUUGGGCCUGAUCCACUCGUAUUUUAUCAGACGUCUUCAUCAGAUAUCACUGUGAGUUGGGAUUCUUUUGUUGAUGUCGAGGAAGAAAGACAUGCCAUGCACUCAUCUGGAAUCAAACAAUACUUUGUUUCAAUUGGUUCUGUUGAAGGUGGUGUAGAUAUUGUUGAUAACCACAAUGUUGGUUUGACUAACCAUAUGUCCUUCCAUAAUCUACAACUUCAGAACGGUCACAAAUACUUUGUCACUGUAAAAGGUCUUGACUUCAUAAACCGAACUGCAGAAGUACGAUCGUCUCCUAUAACUGUUGAUACAACACCACCAGAAUUAUCAGGAGAGUCAAUUUCUAUCAAGGGUAGACUGAUAACAAAUCUGACUGUAAUACAGGCUUGUUGGGAAGACGUUUUUCUUGAUGUUCAAAGUGGAAUAGAUUACUAUACAUGGGGAGCAGGUUUACUUAGUGGUCAAGAUGAUGUCAUACCGUUUUCAGAAACUCAGGAAAAUUGUGGUGUGUCCGCAGAUGAUGUAAAUUUUGAUUUAACAGAAGGCCAUCCAUACUUCAUAACAAUUAAGGCAUUUAAUCGAGCACAUCUGUCCACUAUUAAAUCAUCAUGGGCCUAUAUAUAUGAUAUGUCACCACCAACUGCCGGUCAUGUCUAUGAUGGCAGUAACAAUACACCGGAAUUACUUACAAAAGAUAUAGAUUACCAGAUGGAUAUGACGCACCUAUAUGUUUACUGGGAAGGUUUUCAUGAUCCACAUUCUGUAAUCAAAUAUUACAGUGUCCAUAUUGGGACAUGUUCUGGUUGUAAUGAUGUAUUGGCUGAACAAACUGUUGGAAUAAAUACAGAUUUUAACGUCCAAAACCUUAAUCUUCAGGCUGGUAUCAAAUACUUUACCACUGUCACUGCAUGUAACACUGGAAACCUAUGUACAUCUGUUACAACUGACGGUGUUAUUAUUGACAACAGUCAACCUGUCCAAGGUGUAGUACAAGAUGGUGCAUAUGAGCAUGAUAUUGAAUACCAGUCGACAAGAAAUUACCUGACAGCAAAAUGGUUUGGAUUUGUAGACUCUCAAUCUGAAAUUGAUCACUUUGUUAUUCGUGCUGGAACAUCAAGAGGAUCCGGUGAUGUAUAUCCACCCACGAUUUUGACUUCUUUCGAUAUGAUUUUAUUGACAGAUUUACCUCACCAAUUACCUCUUAAUCAUCGCAUAUACAUAACAAUACGUGCCUAUAAUAAAGCAGGUCUUUAUUCAGAGUCAAUAUCCAAUGGUUUCGUAGUUGACAUUUCAGCGCCUGUCAUCAUCGAAAAACCUUCUUUAUCAGGUCAUUUUGGGCACCUUUUUUGAUGGAACAACUGUCUUUAGAUCUGCAGUUAGAUUUCACUGGAAUGUUGAAGACAGUCAGUCAGCUAUACAAAAACAGUACUUUUCAUUGUCAUCACACAUAUAUGGACAAUUUAAUACCUCUUCUAUAACGGUAGCGGGAAUAAUUAGAGAAUAUACCUUGACAGGACUUGAUUUCCCUGAUGGUGGUUUAUACUACAUUAAAUUAAUUGUAUGUAAUAGUGCAAAGAUUUGCACAGAAAGUGAAUCUGACAGUAUCAUUGUAGAUACCACACCACCAACA